AUGAAUGAAAAAGGAAUUAGAUACUUGGAUACCAGCAAUAGAGAUUUAGCAGGCAAUGCUGAUUUAAAAAAAUUUACUACUUUAACCAGUCUAAAUUCUUACAACAACAAGUUUGAAAACUUGGACUUCUUAAACUCUUUACCCAAUAAAGAUAAAUUACAAAAAAUCAACUUCUUUGGCAAUCAAAUUAAAGAGAUAGAUUUAGCCCAUUUAUUAAGCACUUUUCUGAAUUGCGAAAAAAAUCCGUUAAGUGCGAAAAACUUGGAUAAUUUAACCAGCGAACAGUUUGGGAAAUUAGUUCAGGGAAUUAAGGAUAAAAAAAUUAGAAUUAAUUCCUUUAAAGGCACAAUUUUGAUAGAUUUAUUGGAAUACGCUCAACAAUUAGUUACCAAUGGGAAUAAUCAGCAACAACAGAACGUUCAAUAUCUGCAAACUCUUAUUCAACAGGGAAGUUCACCCGUUAAGGAUGAUAAGCAACCAAGUAAUAAUACUCCGCUUUUAGUUGGUGGAUUAGUUAUUUUUGGAAUUGCGACCUUAGCAAUUGGUUAUUUAUGA